UAGACGGCACUGACUGGCAUCACUGCUGGGCAAUGACUGGCGGCACUGACUGGCACAACCGCUGGGCACUGACUGGUGGCACUGACUGGCAGCACUGCUGGGCUGCACUGGUGGGUGGCACUGGUGGGCAGCACUGGUGGGUGGGCACAGGUGGGUGGCACUGGUGGGCACAGGUGGGUGGCACUGCUGGGCACAGGUGGGUGGGCACAGGUGGGUGGCACUGCUGGGCACAGGUAGGUGGCACUUCUGGGCACAGGUGUGUGACACUGCAGAGUGGCACAGGUGGGUGCACUGCUGGGCACAGGUGGGCGGAACUUGUGGGUGGCACUGCUGGG